ACACCCCACCUCAUGCCUGACCGGGAUAUGGCACCCAACAGCUCCUCAACACACAGCACUGCCAUGCGCAGAGGCUCUCUCCAAGCCCUCGGGCACUCACACAGCAGCAUAAAAGCAGCCCUGCGCCUCGCUCCCUCACACCCUUCUCCUGACACCUUCUCCUCUGCGCUCCUCCAGAGACCCUCCACCCCACAGCCAUGUCCUGCUCCAACCUCUGCCGCCCCUGCGGACCCACCCCGCUGGCUAACAGCUGCAACGAGCCCUGUGUCAGGCAGUGCCAGGACUCCCAGGUCGUCAUCCAGCCUCCCGCCGUGGUGGUCACCCUGCCGGGACCCAUCCUCAGCUCCUUCCCCCAGAACACCGCCGUCGGAUCCUCCUCAUCAGCUGCCGUGGGCAGCGAACUCAGCGCCCAGGGAGUGGCCAUCUCCUCCGGCGGCUUCGGCUUCGGAGGCCUGGGCUGCUUCAACGGCUGGAGAGCCCGCUACCCCUGCUAAGGGCCUGCGCCCACACCCUCACAGCAACCUCCUGCACCCUGCAAGGCGCCUCAUGCACUGAGGAGGCACCUCUGUGUCACUGAUGGCACAUGGGCUCACCAGCCAUGGCUCCUCUUUUCAAGCAAGCAGACCAUGCGCCUUGGAAACAUGAGCACUGCAAAUUUCUUCUUUCUUUGCAACUUAAAUUCUGCCCUUUCCACUUGGUUACCCCCAAGUGGAUCCUUCCUUUUAGUGUGUUUCUCUCAAUAAAGUUCUCAUGCAUGCCA